GCGUCUCUAUGGUGCCGAGGGUUCUUGAGCGUCGCGCUCCCGACGACUUCCGCCGGGCUCCUCUCGCGGGGAUUGGCUGUUGGCGGCGUUGCGGCUUGGCUCGUGUGCGGCGACGGUGUCGGUAGCGGCUGCAAAGACCGGAGUUUGGCGCGAUGUCUCACACCAUUUUGCUGGUGCAGCCGACCAAGAGACCGGAAGGCAGAACGUAUGCGGACUAUGAGUCCGUGAAUGAGUGCAUGGAAGGUGUUUGUAAAAUGUACGAGGAACAUCUGAAAAGAAUGAAUCCCAACAGUCCAUCAAUCACGUAUGAUAUCAGUCAGUUAUUUGAUUUUAUCGACGAUCUGGCAGACCUCAGCUGCCUUGUUUACCGGGCUGAUACCCAGACAUACCAGCCUUAUAACAAAGAUUGGAUCAAAGAGAAGAUCUACGUGCUCCUCCGCAGGCAGGCCCAGCAGGCGGGAAAGUAACGGAGUUGGCCGCAGUAUGGGGCUGGGGGUGGGCUUGGAACACAGGUGUGUACAGCGAGCUGUAGUGGGGGUUUUGUAUUAUAAUAAUCCUGUUUCCAUUUUGUUACACUCUAGCCAGGAUUUAAUGUAUUACAGGAAGCAUGAGGCUCUUGUUCAAUCUGCAACCCCCAUUGCCUUUUUUCUUUUUUCUUUUUUUUUUUUUUUUUUACUUAAAACAUUUUUAUGAGGAUUUAGAUGGAGAUUUUUUUGUCAGUUAAUAUUGGUUCCAGAACUUGAGACUGUUGAGAUCUGCUUUUAUAACAGUCACUAUACUAACCCUUGGAGAUGGGAUGGGGGGGUGGCUCAGUUUAGUUAUGUCCUCAAGACAAACUCUUAGUGGAAAAUAAAUGUUCUUUAGUUAUA